AUGAGGAACAAGGACUGGGAAGAGGUAGUGAUGAUGGUGGUGGCGGCGGUUGAUGAUGGCAAUGGAUCAAACCCUCGUCGGCUUAUUGAUUUGUCCAUGAAUCCUUGGGUUUGUUGUGUUUGUAUUGCUUUUGCCGCUUGGGCACGUCAGUGUGAGGCAUUCCCCGCUAUGCAUUUCGCCGUUUUUAGCUCAAUUAAAUCCAUGCAUUUGGCGGUUGUGGAAAAAAGGAAAAAAUAUACAUGCAGGCUUCAAAAUUUUUGGCUUUAUUUUUUUCCUCCUCAGCUGAGUGAGCAUUAUGAACCGCCCCGGUCGUUGUUGUGCUGCAGUACCAUGGAACUUUGUGGUUUUCAUCCUUGUCGAACGGCAGCAUUGUUGCUGUCCAUGAGCGUUUGCAUGUGUUAUUUGCAUGGGCAUAAAUAA